AUCUCGAUAGAAACAAAGGCACUAAUAAACGUUCUGCUUCAGAAUUUAGUCUGCUAUGAGUGCCACACAUGCUAACUGAAAGCUAAGGAAGCGUAUGAUCUACGGCGAUAUGAUCCAUGACAUAUUAGUGAACCCUGAGUGAAGAAAAGGAAGAUCAUCUGUCUAAAGACAUGGAAAAGCAAGUCACCAGUCAGAACCCAGCAGAUGAAAGUUGCGUCACAAAGAACGAACCAUCAGAAUUAACCCCUUCACAAAUCCCGAAUGACAAAAAGGAUAACCAGGUCGAUGAACCGGAACCUGAGCUAAAUGAAAACAUCUCAACCAAGAACAACUCAGAUAAUCAUUUUGGAGAUGCUUCAGAGGAAAGACAGGACAAACCUGAGAGCACAACACAGCACACGCAGCAGUUAGAUGACCGCAGUAAUGAUGUUGAAAACAUUGGUCCUACCACCCCAGAGGCUAGUCAAACUGAAGAGCCACAAGUUACUAGCGAGUUCAGUGAAGGAAUAACACAGUCAGCAAAUACAAAUGAAGACAGAUCCUGCGAGAACUUAGGUAGUGAUCCGGCUCCUUGUCAGGAACAGACAGUUACAGCAGCCACCGCUUUAUCAUCUCAAGGUGUUGACUGCAGCGACACUAUUCAAGAUACAGGACAUGAAUGUGUUCCUUUUGAGAACAGCGCACCGACGGAGAAGGAAAGCAAACCUAGUGAAGCUUCAGAGUUCAGUGAAGGAAUAACACAGUCAGCAAAUACAAAUGAAGACAGAUCCUGCGAGAACUUAGGUAGUGAUCUGGCUCCUUGUCAGGAACAGACAGUUACAGCAGCCACCGCUUUAUCAUCUCAAGGUGUUGACUGCAGCGACACUAUUCAAGAUGAAAGUUGCGUCACAAAGAACGAACCAUCAGAAUUAACCCCUUCACAAAUCCCGAAUGACAAAAAGGAUAACCAGGUCGAUGAACCGGAACCUGAGCUAAAUGAAAACAUCUCAACCAAGAACAACUCAGAUAAUCAUUUUGGAGAUGCUUCAGAGGAAAGACAGGACAAACCUGAGAGCACAACACAGCACACGCAGCAGUUAGAUGACCGCAGUAAUGAUGUUGAAAACAUCGGUCCUACCACCCCAGAGGCUAGUCAAACUGAAGAGCCACAAGUUACUAGCGGAAGUGGAAAAUUCUGGCUAGCAGUUGCUAUAAUAAUGGCAAUCAUCGCUUUCGGGCUGCAGCAUUUUCUUCAGCCAGAAUCUCCGCCUCAGACGAAUGAUGUACGGCAGAUAGACGUCUUCCUCAGGCAGCUGGAAAAAGUAAAGACUCGGUUUCCUAACCAGCGUGCCGAGCUCUGGAAUAGGAGCAGGAUCCACCUUAAGAGACACCUUCAGACCCCACAGCCCACAGAGCCCGUGAGUCUGAUUCUCACUGCAGGCCUCAGAGCUGAGAAGACGCUGAACUGCCUAGCUCGGGACCUGGCCUCCGCCUACUCUUCUGCCCGGAACGCCUCCGUCCUCCACAUAGAUGGAGCCAGCAAAGCCAGCCAGGACAGUGACCAGGUCAAACUGGACAUUGACAGGAAGUUGCAGGGAGCUUUUGAAGGAGACAAACCUGUAGCCGUCAUUCAUCGCUUUGAAGAGCUACCUCCGGGCUCCACGCUAAUUUUUUAUCGCUAUUGCGACCACGAGAAUGCAGUGUACAAGAACACUUUUCUGAUCUUCACUGUACUGCUGGGGGAAGAAGACGAGAUUCCUGCUAAGAUUAGCUUGUGUGCUGUUGAGGAGAUGGUGGAUGACCACCUUCAAAAAAAAUUCCUCACUCAUGGCCACCCAGUGUCUUUUGACUCCACAGUCCACCAUAUUUUUCCAGGUCCAUACCUGGACAAAUAUGGUGGACUGUGGAGUCGUAUUUCUCACCUUAUCCUCCCCGUGGCAGCAGAGGAGAGAAUAGAACUUGAAGGGUGCUAGAGAGCAGAAGCAUUCAUUCUAGUCUGAACUUUCAGUCUGGGAACUAAGCUGGGUAAUUGAUCAUUUGGGAGGUAGUAGACCUCAAGGAUAGUGAAUAUACAGAUGUGGACUUCCAGAAUGAAUGAGAAUCAUUAUGGUAUGGGAUUUAAAGUAAUUUCUCUGAUCAGAUGUAAUUAUGAACAGAUAAUUGUAAGUUUAUUUGGUCUCUGCAUUAUAUUUAACCCUCUACAGCAUAGCGUUGCCCUGAGGCAACAAACCACAUUUUCAUGCCUUACACUGGCCCGUCAAAAAAAAACAACUUUUUUUUUUCAAAUAAUGCUACCAGACACAUCUCUUUCCAAUAAAAUGAUGAGUUGAA